AUGGAGGAAGUAAAUUAUAGAAAAAUACAUUUAGCCCGUCCAACCACUCCUUUACCUUCAAAUAAAAUUUUAUAUGCUUCUGGGUAUGGUUAUGAUCCAGAAAGGAAAAUAUUAAUUGAUAUGGAUGAAUUGAAGACUGUUGAAGUUAAUGUACUGGCAAAAUGUCCAAAAUAUUUAGAAAGGGAGGAUGACGCCAUUUGUGCUGAUGAAGUUGUUUUGGACCAAAAUGUUUGUGAGGCAAGUUUAUACAUAACUUGGAGGGAGGGAGGAGGAGGGGGAGAGGAUGCCUAA